AACUGAAGCCAGUUUAGCCUCACGCAGAGAGCAGAAAAGAGAGCAGUAUCGCCAAGUGAAAGCACACGUUCAGAAAGAGGAUGGUAGAGUGCAAGCAUUUGGCUGGAGUCUACCUCAGAAGUACAAACAGGUGGCAAAUGGUGCCCAGGGUGACAAUAAGAUGAAGAACUUGCCUGUACCUGUUUACCUGAGACCUUUAGAUGAGAAGGAUACCUCUAUGAAGCUGUGGUGUGCUGUAGGGGUAAACCUGUCAGGAGGGAAAACACGAGAUGGCGGGUCUGUGGUUGGUGCUAGUGUAUUCUACAAUGAUGUGACUGGUAUGGAUGCAGAUGGCAACAAGCAGCAAACAGGAUCUCAAAGUAGCUUAGAUAGACUAGACCAAGAGCUCAAGGACCAGCAGAAGGAGCUGAAACAUCAGGAAGAAUUAUCCAGUCUAGUUUGGAUCUGUACUAGCACACAUUCUGCUACAAAAGUUAUCAUUAUUGAUGCUAAUCAGCCAGGAAAUAUUCUGGACAGUUUCAUUGUUUGCAAUUCUCAUGUGCUUUGUAUUGCUAGUGUACCAGGAGCAAGGGAAACAGACUAUCCUGCAGGAGAAGAAGGGUCUCAAGAAGCAGAUGCCAGUCAAGUAGACAAGUCAUCGCUGUGUGGAAGUAUGACUAGCAACAGCUCUGCGGACACCGAUAGCUUGCUAGGAGGAAUAACAGUGGUUGGCUGUACUGCAGAGGGUAUCGCAGGAGCACCUGUAGCUCAUGAUGCAAAUGGGGGCUCACCAGUGGCAGAUAAACAGUCAGAUAUUGCAACUGAAAGUAAUUCAGUAGAUGAGAACAUUCCAACAGCGGAGGAGGCAACAGAAGCAACAGAAGUCAAUGCAGGGACAGGAGAAGACACAGCUGAUAUUGCACAAACUGGAGUCUACACAGAGCAUGUCUUUACAGAUCCUCUGGGAGUGCAGAAUACAACAGAGGCAUCUCCAGUGUACCAGCCUAGUACUGAGUCAGAGUUAUAUAAAGAUGUUGCGGUCUUGCCGAAUGAGCAAGAUCUAGUGAGAGAAGAAGCACAAAAAAUGAGUAGCCUUUUACCAACAAUGUGGCUUGGAGCACAGAAUGGAUGCCUGUAUGUUCACUCGUCAGUGGCCCAGUGGAGGAAGUGUGUUCAUGCCAUUAAACUUAAAGACUCUAUUCUCAGUAUUGUACAUGUAAAAGGAAUAGUAUUAGUUGCACUAGCUGAUGGAACACUAGCAAUAUUUCACCGAGGAGUUGAUGGUCAGUGGGAUUUGACGAACUAUCACCUCUUAGACCUGGGUCGGCCACAUCAUUCGAUAAGGUGCAUGACAGUGGUACAUGACAAAGUCUGGUGUGGCUACAGGAACAAAAUCUAUGUUGUUCAACCAAAGGCCAUGAAAAUAGAGAAAUCAUUUGAUGCACACCCAAGAAGAGAAAGCCAAGUGAGACAGCUGGCAUGGGUGGGUGAUGGGGUAUGGGUGUCUAUUCGUUUGGACUCCACCCUGCGUCUCUAUCAUGCGCACACGUAUCAGCACCUACAAGAUGUGGACAUUGAACCUUAUGUAAGCAAAAUGCUAGGUACUGGUAAACUGGGAUUCUCAUUUGUGAGAAUCACAGCUCUUAUGGUGUCUUGUAAUCGUUUAUGGGUAGGAACAGGAAAUGGUGUCAUCAUCUCCAUUCCAUUAACAGAAACUGUAAUCCUCCACCAGGGACGUUUACUGGGGCUGAGGGCUAAUAAAGCAGCAGCAGGCUCCGGAAACCGUCCAGGGAGUGUAAUACGUGUAUAUGGUGAUGAAAACAGCGACAAAGUGACUCCGGGAACAUUCAUACCGUAUUGUUCAAUGGCACACGCGCAGCUGUGCUUCCAUGGGCACCGUGAUGCUGUUAAAUUCUUUGUCGCAGUGCCUGGUCAGGUUGUUUGCCCACAGAGUAGUGGUGGAACAGAGCUAACAGCUGAUAAACCAGCCCAAGAGUCCUCGAACCAGAGUCCCUUAAAAUCAAUGUUGGUGAUAAGUGGUGGUGAAGGAUAUAUUGACUUCAGAAUGGGUGAUGAAGGUGGAGAAUCUGAACUUCUUGGAGAAGCUCUACAACUUGAACCUUCUGUAGCCAAAGCUGAGAGGAGUCACUUGAUAGUGUGGCAAGUAAUGUGUGGCAGUGAGUGAGCCUGUAGGAUGCAGCUGGAGACCUUAAAAAAGAAGAAAAAAAAAAAAAGAAAAAAAAAAAGAAAAAAAGCGCUUCUGCAUGUUUUUUUAUUUUGUGAAACCUGUUUCACUACAUGAUGUUGAAGCAUUUCUUUGCUGUUUAACUUUAUAUUGCAAAUCUGUCAUACCUUUAACUAUACAGGAAUUAGCUUGUGCUGUUUUACUGCACCCGUGUUACAUGGAACAGUAUAAUGAAAUCAGAUCUUUCUCAAAACUGGUGUGCACACCAUAGUAAGCAACUGAGACAUUAGUUUUACUGUACCACAGCAAUCUAAUGUAGUUCACUUCUUUGGUAGUCUCACUUGAGUUCGGCUUUAUUACAACUGAGCUUCAUUUCACUGUAUAAUGCAUUGAGUAAAACAGCGAAGUUAGUCCCAAAGUAUUAAAAAAAUUAAAAAAUUAUAAAAUGGAUUAUUAAGACUCGUCCAAAUACUCAGCGAGGGCUAAAGGA